UUGUCCGGAAGUGUCAUAGAUGCAUUUCCGGUUGUCACCGAGUAACGUUAAUAUACGUUUAGCUAAUCAAGUGAAACGCAUGUGUUUACUUGAAAAGUCUUUAUCACUUGGUAGACAUGAAGAAGAGGUUUAACAUCAACCUAGACGAUUCUGCUUUCACUAAAGAAAGAACCCUGCCAAAGCCACAGUUUCAGUCUUCAUCCAAAGGAGGACAAAACUCAGAUGCAUCGACUACAAAGCCUGUUCCUGGGUCGGCGGCUCAGCCCUUGUCUUAUGCAGAAUAUGUCGUGCAGAGUAAAAGUAACGUGGCUGCUGCUCCACAGAGAGAUGGUUCCUCCAAACCGCUCAGGACUGAAGGCGCUGGAGAUGCUGGUCUGAAACAAACUGAGCCAGUGUCCUCUGCUACAGAAAGAUGUGAAACAUUUAAGGAAUCGGCUAAAGGGACAGAUGUUCGAGCUGAGGAGGAUAAAAUGAGCGAGGAGGUGCAGUUGGUUGGCACAGAUCAAAAAGAGGGCAGCUGUCAGAAGUCAGAUCCCACCCUCAGCUUGGGUCCGAAACCAUUGGGGUCAGGGAGCAGCAUUAUUGUCAGUCCUCGACAGAGGGGAAAUCCUAUUCUGAAGUUUGUGAGGAGCGUUCCUUGGGAGUUUGGAGAUGUUGUGCCAGACUAUGUCUUGGGACAGACAACUUGUGCGCUCUUCCUCAGUCUGAGGUAUCACAACCUAAACCCAAACUAUAUCCACGACCGUUUGAAGCAGCUUGGACAGACAUUCACCCUGCGAGUGCUGCUCGUCCAAGUGGACGUUAAAGAUCCACAUCAUGUGUUAAAGGAGCUGGCUCGCAUCUGCAUCAUGGCCGACUGCACUCUCAUCUUGGCGUGGAGUCCAGAAGAGGCAGGACGUUACCUGGAAACAUACAAGUCAUAUGAAAAGAAACCAGCUGAUCUCCUCAAGGAGCAAGUGGAAAAAGACUACCUAUCAAAGGUCACAGAUUCUCUGACCACCGUGAAGUCUAUAAACAAAACUGAUGCCAUUACCUUGCUCUCCACUUUCUCAUCUGUAGAGGGAAUCAUCAGUGCCUCUAAGGAAGAACUGGUGCUCUGCCCAGGCCUUGGGCCUCAGAAGGCGAGACGGCUGUAUGACGUGCUGCACAAGCCCUUCCUCAAGUCAAAGACAAAAGACAGCUGACACUCUCACUGUGACUGUGACAUGGCUUCUGAAAAGAAUUCAGCAAAGCGGGACACCAUAUUGAACAGCUGGUGACACGCUUUCUAAAGUACUGAAUUAAUACUGAAAACUCUUGAUUUAAUAAGAGGAUGAAAGAGAUCUAUAAAAUCUCCCUGAUAAUCAGAAAGGGCAGUUUUAAGGAUUUGUGAUGUGAAUUGUUUGGAGUUGUAUAUUGAAGUGUUGAGACCACAUGUUCAAUGUUAAUUAUGUUUUGUUUGUUUGUUUUUUAUACAAAAAUAAAUAUUUUGUUAUAUUCUA